AUGGCGUCUGUGACACACGCAGAUCCUGCGAGCUCCAUGGCUCUUGUAUCGUCUCUGUUCGCUGACGCUAGUAUGGACUUCAAGAGCAAGGUCCCGGACCACCUUGUUCCAACCUUUGACGAGAUCAGAACUCUUCAAGAUCUGGAAUGUGCUAUUCGAGGCAUUGAGGCAAGUCAAGGAGGCAGAAAAUCACUCCGCUAUUUGAGCAAGAUCAAGCCAUAUCUCAAAGCCUUGGAUGAAUACUCGAAGGUCAUCGAAGUGUUUGUCAAUGCAAAGCCUGAAAUCAUGGCCUUUGUCUGGGGGCCCAUCAAGCUGUGCUUGCUGAUCGCCUCAAAGCAUGAGAAGGCAUUUGAUUCUCUUCUUUCAGCCUAUGUCAAGAUCAAAGACGCUCUGCCCCAUUUCUCUGCUGUCGAACAGUUGUUUGAGAACAACCUGCAGAUGAGACACGUUCUAGUCAACCUCUACAAAGACAUUCUUGCCUUUCACCUGCGGGUCCUCACUUUCUUCUCCAGACCUGGCUGGAGCAUAGCGUUCCGCGUUACGUGUAGAGCGUUUGAUGAUAUGUUUGGUGAUAUUGUCACCAAUCUCGAGCGUUCAAAAGAGCUUUUCUACUCUUCAGCAAGCAUUGCGCAUUACCAAGCUGCCCAGGAAGCACGGCAACAGAUCGAGGUCAUAUUCAAAACACAACAAGAGACAGCUCGAAUAGAGAAAAGAACCUACGUGCAUGGAUGGCUCAGUCCUCCUGAGCAUCGCGAACGGCACGAACAGCUCUGUGAACUCCGGUCAGAAUAUCCACAAACAGCACAGUGGAUUUUUGAAGAGCCAUGUUGGAAAAACUGGCUCAACAACGAAGAGCAAAGUGGUAGGAUCUUAUGGGUGUCGGGAAUCCCAGGAGCGGGCAAGACUGUGAUAUUUAGUGCCAUGGUCGAAUCUCUGAUCCUCCGAUCCAAGUCGAACUCAUCGUGUGCGGUUGCUUACGUUUACUGCAAGUACAAUGACUGCCAAAGAAAUAGUUUUGCGGAGUUGGCUCGAUCUUUGAUUCAUCAGCUCGCUGGCAUGAAUGAAAUCUGUGGAGACUAUUUGUACGAUACUGCCAUAAAUAGUACCGAGAGCAAGGCCCGUGGGAAGCAAGCGCUCACGACGAUAAUUCAAGAUGUCCUCCAGUGCUACGAAGAGGUGUUCAUUGGAAUCGAUGGACUCGAUGAAUGUGAGAAGGACCAACGACGGCAAGUCCUUGACUUUCUCAAAGGGCUGUUCAAGCUCUCUCUCCCGGAUUGCAGUCUUCGUUUGUUCUUAACAAGCCAAGGAGAGCGUGACAUUGAGAAAUUCAUGGCUUUGACCCGCUACCAUGUGAAGAUUGGACCAGUUCACCUGUCGAGGGAUAUUCUCUACUACGUAAACAGACGAAGUGCAGAGCUGGCCAGGUUCAACCUGACAAGCCAACAGAUGGGUGAUCUGAACAGGGAUGUUUCCGCAAGAUGUUCAGAAGGCAUGUUUCUUCUGGCGAGACUCAUCUUUGAUUUGUUUGAGCGCUGUGUGACUCGCGCAGACUUCGAUGAUGAGUACACUGGGAAAGGUCUUCCGAGUGGUAUUGACGAGGCGUAUGGUCGGAUACUGUCCCGAGUCAGGAAAAGAGAGAACGAAUCCGGCCGAUCCAGGGCAAAGCCAGUCUUGGAAAUCCUCAGCUGCGCGAAACGGAAGCUUUACGUCCACGAGCUACAGGGCAUGCUUUCGAUGGACACGACUAAUCGCCAGAUCGAUUUCAGCCGUGGAAGGUAUACCCAGCACUUCAAAGAGCUAUGUGGACCGCUCGUGGAGCUAAACCUGGAUGGAACCGUCGAUUUUGCACAUCAAACAGUCAAAGACUAUCUUGAUCAGUAUCACUCGGAGUAUGUCAACCUUGGAUCUGCCGCCUUCCACUCUGCUGGCAUACUCACGUCCUACCUUUCACUCGAUUGCUUCGCUUCUACACAUCACGACGAACAGCUGAUUGAAGCAGCCAAAACAGGAUGCUUCUCUUUCUACAAAUAUGCUGUCUUCUAUUGGCUACCUCACAUCCAAUGCCUAGGGGAAACCGGUCUCAUAGAGGCUCGAAUCAAUAUGAGUCUACGCAGGAACGUCCAGGCCACAUACCGAAAUUUGAUUUCCUUCUCUGAGGUGGCUCAUGACGAUCAAGAUGACAUGCAUCUUGACGGGGGCGCCAAUUUUCCACUGUUACUUGAACAAACAGAUUCCUUGUAUGAGCGGCUUUUGCAAAACCAUGAGGAGGACUCACCAGUCGUGCGACAAAUAUCUCGCAUUCAGCGGGCUAUCGAGGCCGUCAUCUCUACCGAAACGGACAGUGUCGAGAAGGGAUUCCUCAAAGACGCUUAUGGGCCCCGGCCCUACCACUGUCCAGCCCUCUCGUGUUUACGAUUUCAUGACGGGUUCUCAAACCCUCAGGACAGAGACAACCACCACCGAACCCAUGAAAGGCCGUUUCGGUGCUCCUUCCAAGAUUGCAGCUUCCAUUCCGUUGGAUUUCCGACCCAGAGGAUCCUUGACGCGCAUGUUGACGCAUUCCAUGUGGCAAGUAUAGUACCACAGUUUUUGAACAUGAAAACCUGGUCGAUUUGGGUUUCUUUGCAGAAUAUUCUCAAAACUGAUGACGAAACGUUAGUCGGUGACAUGUGCGUCGAAGCUGCAAAGCAUCCAGAAAAACCACCAGGGCUGGUUGCCCAUGCCAUUGAGAAGGGUCACUUUAAUUCGGCACGCGCCUUGCUUCAACAUUUCCAUGGCCUCGACGACAUAGUUUCUGAAAAAGUUGGACGAGAGAAACUCAUCCACACACUAGCAGGGGCUGGCGAACUAGGCUUGAUGCGACAAAUUCUCGCCCUCUGCCCUUCGCUGCAAUGGACGUCGAGAGAAUAUUGUGUUGCUUGUUUUCCGGCAAUUAAUAAGGGCCGCAAGGAUAUGCUCUCAUUCUUGCUUGAUCAAGCAUGUGACCGGGAUUUUGACCCUGACUGGAGACCUGUUGCGCUCAUUCAUAGAGCAGCACGAGCUGGUUAUGGAGAUCAGCUGUCGCUAGUUCUCGACAAAGUCGGCCAUCUCUGCCCGCCUAAUGCCUUUGCUAUUUGCUGUCGAAACAUAGCUGGCGAAGGCAACGCAGCGGCUCUGGAACCAGUCUUGACCACCUUCUUGAAUGCUUGUGGCCCCCAAGCCAAGGAGUCUAAGUGGUUCAAGCACCUGUAUGAGCUACCUAUCGGCGAUGCGGUGACGAGGCUGAUGAAAGAAACGGUGGGAUAUUCGCAGGGCAAAGAGGGCGGGAGCUUCAAAUCUGCAUUCCAGCGUGCAGCACUCCGUGGAGACGUUGACCGGCUGACAACGAUGCUGGAUUUGGGGAUUGAUAUCAACUGUAGCAGCGGGCAAUAUGGCACCGCGCUGCAGGCUGCAUCCAAAAAGGGCCAUGUCCAUGUAGUCCGCCUCUUACUCGGCCGUGGUGCUCAGGUUGGGAUCGUGGGUGGCGAAUAUGGCCACGCUGUUGCCGCCGCUGCCGCUCUAGGCCAGCUGGAAACAUUAGAAAUCUUGCUUGCAGCUGGCGCAGAUGCAUCACAAGAGGCUCAGGAGAACUCCAAGAAGGGGAUUCAGCCCACCCGGCUCUCUCUUGUAUCCGGUCCUUCUGCAGCGCCUCCACUGCAUUUCGCCGCAAGUGAAAUGCAGGAGGGAACAUUGCGAGCGUUGAUCGAGGCCAAAGCCGAUAUUAGGGCGGUCGACAGCAACGGCGACAAUGCCUUGCAUUUAUGUGUUCUAGGCCCAUGCCCCACCAUGAAUGGGAAGGUUUAUGGGAAGGGAGGGGGCUCUUUCUGGUUUCUGCCUAAUGUCGCAAGGAGAAUCCGGCAUUCAAGCUGCACAAUUGCGAAGCUACUUUUGGUUCUGGCCACGGCGCAGAACAAGGCCGGCAACUCUCCCCUACAUUUGCUCUUUCGUGCUAAUCAGCAUAGCUCCUGGGGCAGGGUGCCCCACCCCUGUGCUGUGCAAAUGGCAAAGCUGUUAUUCGAGGCUGGCGCUAGCUUUGAUCAACUGAACAAUGACAACAAAAGCGCAAGGGACGCAGCCAUCCAGAUGGGUGGACAAACUCUGGAGGACCUGAAACGUGAAAUUCCAAGUGCGUGGGAAGGGCAUAACCGCUCCGAUCUAGACUGUGAGAUGCGUGGGCACUUCGAGCCUCGCGAGGAUUUGUCACAGUUUCCGUCCCCUGGACUGGGACUGGGGCCUUCGGCAUCUCAGAGCCCUGGCAGUCCGUUCGAAAUAGAGCCCUCAUAUGUCGGCCUGGAAGCGGAGCAGUGGCCAACGACUCCCACCGACGAUCCAUUUAUCCUGCCUUCCCUUGUGACCGAUUACCAAUAUGCGCCUGCAGAUGGAACAUACGGCGCGGCUGACGGGAUAAAUGCGCCCGGUGUCGACGAAGCAGAUCUGUCGAGCAACUGUCUCCACGACCCGGAUUCUGAGCUGUUGACGAACCACUGGCAAGACGCCUGA